UUUUUUGAAUUAAAUAACAAUAUUUCAAAAUGAGUGCAUCAGGUGCCACAAUGCAAAACUACCUCACUGACCUCAUUCAGAACCUUGAAUCAAUGCGGCUUGAUAGGGAAGAAAUCCAGAGCGAGAUCGCUGAAUUUGAGAAGAACAAGAAGGAAAUAGAAGACAACAUUAUGGUUCUCUCUACUAGGCUACAAGAAUUGAAUACUUCUCUUGAGAAAAAGAGAGCUGUCAAGCAAGAAUUUGUAUCUAAUAUAACUGAGAUUUCAACAGCAUUUAAUAAAAUUCUAGAGAGUUCUCAGACCCUUUUGCAUGUUGCCAAGAAGGAAAGUAAUACACUUGAAAAGAAAAAAGAAAAGGUGAUGAAUGAGGAGGACUCUGAUGCCCAGAAGACUCCAGUAAAGGUAGAUGAGGAUCCGCAAGAAUAGACCUGUCAUUGGUAUGGUAAUAAGUCUACAAGGAGUUAGUUUAUCAGCAGGAUUUCUAAAUCAAUUAUUUUAA